CUCGCUCAUAUUUCAACAUCACCUUUCUUGUCUAUAAAUACAAACCGCCAUUCAACCUUAGUUACCUCGGCGCCACUCCCACACAGUCUAUCCACUCUAAUUUUCUCCGGUGUAUCGAUAAAAGAGGUGCAGAUAAGCAUGAAGAUGGAGGCAAUUCAGUCAUGGGUUUCAGAGCACAAGCUUGCUAGCAUUGGAACGCUAUGGGCAACUGCAAUUGGAGGUUCACUGGCUUAUACGCGAGCAAGAACACCUCUGGUCAAGCCAAGUCUUAGGCUUAUACAUGCUAGGUUGCAUGCCCAAGCCAUAACACUUGCAGUCCUAUCGGGUGCUGCAGUCUACCAUUACUAUGAAAAGCAAGGAGAGAGUGCUGCUCCUAGAGUCCCCAGCAUGCCUAAGUAGUCAAGAAAUGUCCAUGCCUGUAGCAGCCUUCUACUGCAUGAGUUUUCCUUCAAGAACUGCGGGGUAUUUAUAUUUACUACUGGUCGUAUGUAACAAAAUUUGUAAUUUUCGUCCUAUAUUAAUCGAAUGAGGGAAUCACGGCCGUAAUCGUUUUGAUGUAAAUCAUUAAUCACCUCAAUAAUAAACUUUAUUUA